AUGAGUGGGACAAUCAACCAGAUUUCUCUUAGUACUAAUCUGGGCACCCCCUACUUCCUGCGAGUAGACUGGGCUGUGGACUUGGGUGCAGGGUUUACAUUAGCCCUCACUGAUGGCAGCUCUGCGUGGAUUGGAGAAGUUUCAGAGGAUGAGGUGACGAGGAAAGCCAGUGAUUUGGGCGUCAUGAGGGAGAAAUACGUUGAAGAUCUUCUUCAGGCUUUAACCAAAUGCGCAGAAGGAAAUGAGGGAGACGACAAGGAGGCGUACUCAUUUCGUCUCACUCCUGAUCACCGUCGUCUUUCAUAUCAGAAGAUUAGCAACAUUACGGUGCAGUUGGGCUCUGUAGAGCUCCAACCAGCUUCAGACCCUCAAAAACUGACCCAGGAGAUGGUUUGUCAGUCUCUGCAGCGCGGCACAGAUCUGGAGAGAGAAAACUCCUGGUUGCAAGAGAAGAACCGUAGGUUAAAACAGGAUCGCCAGCAAAUUCGUGCAGAGCUGGAUCAUCAGGUUCAGGAAAAGGAGACAUUAGAGCGGAAACUGUACUCACAUUUUGUCAUGGUGUUGAAUGAGAAGAAGGCCAAGAUCAGAGGCCUGCAGAAUGCAGUCCGUCAGCUCCAACACACUGAUAACCAACGAAGAGAUCAGGAGAGAGUGCAAAGCGAUAAUGACCCAACUCGAGGUGAGCGAGGCAGCCAGAACAAAGAGGAGCGGAGCAUUCAUUACGUCCGUCCAUCUCAGGAGCCAACCAUCCUCAUUGCAGGUUGUAACUUGAUGUCACACGGCUUCUCUAUUGAUCAAACCUUUGAUGAGGACAACAAGCUGAGACGCAGUCGCCUGCUUCACUCACCGAGCCCAAACUCCUCUGAGCAGGAAUAAGACUCAAGCUGGUAACUUUGGGAACACGUCACAGAA